AUGAGCAAGGCCUCGACCCCAAACAAGCCUCUCGCCCAGUCCCCUGCCCCCAAUACGUCUGCUUGGUCCCGCGGUCCCCCUGCCGCGGUGUCCAACCCUUCGUCCAACGUGAAUUCCACUGCAUCCACUCCUCCUCCGCCGCCCAACGGAGCGAGCGCAAAUGGGCCUACUGGCUCCACUCCCGUCGCGAUAGGCGGUGGCAACUCGAGGAAGGGCAGCCUCAUGGUCGGUGGCAACGGCGACGUGAUGCCUCGUGGUAAUCUCGCCUUUGGCACCGUCGACUCGCCCAAUCCGCUCCUUUCGUCGUCGCCUGCGGCUCCAUCCACUACUGGUGGCCACCUCGCCGACGCCGUGAAAUCGUUUGGGUCUCUCGACGCUGAGACAAACGCUGCAGGCGCGUCCAUGAUUCGUCCCCCCCGCCGCACGAGCGGUGGCGCGAACCCUGCCGUCCCGACGCAGAAGAAGCAGUUGGAUCCCCACAACAUCCACUCUUUCUUCGUCGGCAAGCCGCAACACGGCUCCACUCCUGGCGCUCCAAUGUCGCCCUCCCAGAUGCCCGCGGGUGGACUUCCAGACCGCCGUCAGUCCGGUGGGCAGUUCCCAGGCGCCAAUGGCAUGCCGCCCUACCAGCAGAUGCCUGGCAUGCCAACGCCUCCUCAUCUGCGUCCCAUGCCUGGUAUGCCGGGUGGAGGCCAGCGCUCACCUGUCAUGGGCGGUGCUCCUCAGCCGCAGUUCCCUCCUCAGCAAGUCGGGCAGCCGGGUUAUCGCCCAUCGCAGCCUCAGAUGGCGGGCAACCCAGCUGUCCGGCCCAACGGGCCGAUCAUGAGCCGUCCUCCUAUGGGCCAGGUUCCCUACGGUAUGCCGCCUGGAGCUCCAGGCUUCAUGAUGUACGGCCAGCCUGGCUAUUACGUAGGUCGUCCAUGGGGUGCCGGGGACUCAUCCCAGUACAACCCGUAUGGUAGUGACGGCUACGGGUGGCAGGGAAACCCACAACAUGCGCCGAGCAUGCCGCUCUCCCCUCGCCAGCAGCAGGCUCAGCUUGGUUCGCCUGUUCCUCCCAACGCCACCCUGCCUCCCAGCGGCGGUGGCAGCCCGCUUCCCACUCCUCCCAGCCGACCUCAGAGUCUUGUUGGUGGUCACCAGUCGGGCUCGCCCAUGCCUUCGACGCCUUCUCGUCCUUUGCAACCGGCGACAGCGUUCACACCCGCGACUCCCAGCCCAGCGCAGGCUUCAGCUGGCCUCUCGGCGGGGGCUACAGCCUUCACCCCACGCGCAAAAUCUUCGAUGAUUAGGAUCUCGCGCCCUGACGGCACAUCUGUCAACCUUGUGGAGGCGGCGGCCGCGGCCAAGGGUCCUACGCCUUCGUCCACUAGCGGCGUUGCGACUCCCGAGCAGAGUGCUGAAGAGCUUCCCAAGCCCCAGAAGAAGGUGCCUAGUCUCCCGAUCGUCGUUCGCCUUGAGUCGGAAGAGCAGAAGCGCCAUCGUCUUGAGGAAGAGGCGCGGAUCUCCAAGAUGAAGGAGCAGGAGAAGCGUGAGGAGGCCGAGCGCAAGGAGAGGCAGGAACGCCGUGCAAAGGAGGAGGCCGAGUCCAAGGCGAAGGCUGCGGCCGAGGCCGAGGCGGAGGAGGAAACAAAUGCCAAGGUGGUCGCUGAGGCUAUGGAUGUCGGCGUCGACCAGGUCAAGGAGGAGGCCAAGGUCAAGGAGGAGGCUCAGGCGAAACAGGAGACCGAGACCAAGGCUGAGGAGGAGCGCAAGAUUGAGACAGUGAGCAACGAGCGAACGAAGCCUGCUGACAAGCAGCCCGUGACCGAGACCAAGGUGGAGCGUUCCGAGACCCGUACUUCAUCAGAAGACGCGGCGUCCGCGCUCCCUGUGGGUGACAAGGCCGACGAGCUGCGCCGUCCCCUCCUUACCCCGACUACGCAGUCGGCUGCGCCAUCGCCUCUGGCGUCUCCGGCCCUUGCUGCUGCCGGCUUGCCCGCCAAGCCUGUGUCUGCUAUUGGUGGCGCUGCUCCUCGCCGCCCGACCUCUUCGCUUGACUCCAAGUCCCCUGGCCCCAGCGCGAAAGCGUCCUCGUCGGGCCCUUCGGCCCUUUCCAAGGCCAAGGCGAUCGAUGACCUCGGUGCGAUCACAUACCCCACUGCGAUUAAGCCCCAGAGUGCUGAGCUCAACGCGAAUGGGGAGCCUGGCAAGUUCCGCUACGACCGCGACUUCCUCAUGCAGUUCCAGAAUAUCUGCAAGGACAAGCCGGACUCUCUUCCUCCUCUCGAAGAGAUUGGUAUCGAGGCUGACACGUCGAGCGGCUUUGGCUCGGCUCGGCGUGGGGCUCGCACGUCUGGGGGUCCUGGCCGCUCCAUGGGUGGCAUGGGCCUCAUGGGCUCGGGCCGCUCGCCAUCCGCCAUGGGCGCGUUCAACCUCGGAAACAUCCGCAACACCACCAGCGAGGAGCGUUACAUCCGCUCCAUUCCAAGCGGUGGACGUAUGGGCCGUACUUCGAGCCAGGGCAACAACCUCCCUCAGAUGCACGGACUGCCAACCAUGGGUCACUCGCGGUCGAACCGCGGUGGUCCCCGCGACAGCAACCGCGGUCGUCCACGUGCUGCUCAAGACUCGCGUCACUCUGCCAACGACCCAGAUGUCGCUCCUCUCGUCGUCUCUGCGAAUGCUUGGGUCAACGCUCGUUCCGCCGGCUCUGACGAAAAGUCGCCUGUCUUCAUCGAGCGCAAAGUCAAAGCGCUUCUCAACAAGCUCACAGAGGAGAAGUUUGAUUCCAUCUCGGACCAGAUUCUCGAAUGGGCGAACAAGUCGCGCGACGAGACGGACGGCAUGACUCUCAAGCUCGUCAUCAAGCUCGUUUUCGAAAAGUCGACGGACGAGGCCCAUUGGUCUGCCAUGUACGCCAAGUUGUGCCGCAAGCUCCUGGAAAAGCUCGACCCCUCUGUUACAGAGGUCAUUGACGGCAAGCCGUACACCGGUGGUGGUCUCUUCCGCAAGUACCUUCUCGGUCGCUGCCAGUCCGACUUCGAGUCGGGAUGGAAGGCCCGUGAGGAGGCUGCUCUUGCUGCCGUCGCCAAGAGCGACGAGGACAAGGAGCGUCUUGCGAAGGCGGAGGAGACCAAGGAGGACGACAACGGCGAGGCGCCCAUGAUGAGCGAGGAGUACUACGCGCUCCAGAAGGCUAAGCGUCGUGGUCUUGGUCUCGUCCAGCUCAUCGGUGAGCUGUACAAGCUGGACAUGCUUUCGAAGAGUGUCAUCAGGGAGUGUCUUGUCCGUCUUCUCAGCAAUGUCGAGAACCCCGACGAGGAGGAUCUCGAGUCGACCUGCAAGCUCCUCACCACUGUCGGCAAGCAGUUCGAGGCCGCUGCGUCCGCAUCGAUGGACGUUGUGUUUGAGCGCCUUGAGGUCCUCACUAAGCUCGACUCUGUCUCGUCGCGUAUCCGCUUCAUGAUCAUGGACGUCGUCGACCUUCGCAGGAACAAGUGGCGCUCUCGCAAGGAGGUGGUCCCCACCACCAUCGCCCAGAUCCAUGAGCAGGCGGCGCGCGAGAACGCCCAGAAGGCGCAGGCAGCGCAGCAGGUUCGCGAGACCAUGUCGCGCGGUGGGUCGCGUUCUGGUCACAGCCGGCGCGAGGGCCCGCAGCCCGGCGAGUGGCAGUCCGUUUCGACCGGUUCGCGCCCUCCGCAGCGCCCCACUGACUUCUCAAACAUCGGCCGUGGCGUGAGCAGCAACAUCUCCAGUGGCCCUACGUUCGGGCCGUCGAGUGUCUUCGCUCGUGGCAAGAAGGGGGGUGCGGGCAGCACACCCCCUAUUUCUCGCCAAAACUCGUCUGCAAACAUGUUCGCAAUGCUCAACGAGGCGGAAACUGCUGCUCCCGAGUCAACCGAGCCUGCGCCGCAGCGCAAAAAGUUGCAACUCAAGCCACGGACAAAGCCCAUUCCCGGAGAGGGAGAUGAGGAGGCCGAGAGCGACGGCGAGGCCGAACAGAGUGGCGAGGAAGAAGAACCGGUGGCUGAGGCCGCCGUGGCCAAGCCGGAUAUGAGUGAGGAGGACGCCAAGACCAAGAUCACAACCGACCUCAAGGAGCUCUGGGGCGAAAAGGACGCCGGUGGUACACGCAACGCUGACGACAUUGUCGAGUACUACCGUGCGCUGCCAUCAGAGCACCAGAACCUGUUGUCGGAGAGGCUUGCCGAGGACGUGUUCCGUAUCGCCAAGUUCCGUGAUGCGGAGAUCGUGGCCAAGGGCUGGACUGCGGCGCUUAAGGCCGAGGUUGUGACUGCCGACGUCCUGAGAAAGGGCAUUGCUGAGCGCAUGGUCACUCUUGACGACGACGCGAUCGACUUCCCGCAGGCGUACAAGUCGAUUGCUCUCCUCAUGCGCAGCAUCUUGCUUAGCCAGGAGGACAUUGAUGCUCUUCUGGAAAAGGUCGACGUCUAUGGCGAGCCACGCAUCACUCCCAAGAUGAAGCUCGACAAGGCCUUUGGCCAGCUCGACGAGGAGACAUCUGCCUAG